AACAAGGAUCAAAGUACUGAGGACAAAAUGCAUAACCAUACCACCGCAUCCAUGUUUCUGCUCAUGGAAUUUGCAGACCUCCGUGACCUUCAGAUUUUACAUUUCUGUGUGUUUCUUGGUUUGUAUUUGAUAGCUGUGACCAACAAUCUUCUCAUUACCAUUUUGGUAAUUAUUGAUCAUCAUCUACACACCCCCAUGUACUUUUUCUUAAUGAACUUAGGGGUUCUGGAUAUUGGAUCGAUUUCUGUUAUGGUCCCCAAAGCUAUGGUCAAUUCCCUUAUGAGCAGCAGGUCCAUCUCAUAUUCUGGAUGCGUUGCUCAGGUUUUCUUUUUCUUUGCCUUUGCAACAUCAGAUCUUGCCCUACUCACAAUAAUGGCACAUGAUCGCUAUGUAGCUAUCUGCAACCCAUUGCAAUAUGAGUUGAUUAUGCACAAAGAUGCCUGCAUUCAAAUGGUGGUCAGUGCAUGGAUUAGUGGGAUUCUUAAUGCUACAUUACACACUGGAGGUACCUUUGCUGUCACCUUCUGCUCCAAUGUAGUCAACCAAUUCUUCUGUGAAGUCCCACAAUUGCUAAAGCUUGCUUGCUCUGACUUGUAUUUAGUUGAAGUGGGCCUUCUUGCGCUUAACUGUAGUAUUGUGCUGGGAUGCUUUAUCUUCAUAAUUGUAACUUAUAUGAAUAUUUUUGCUACAGUGCUCAGAAUCCCUUCUGUGCAGGGUCAGAAGAAAGCUCUCUCCACUUGCCUUCCCCACCUCACUGUGGUAUCCCUCCUUGUAUUCAGUGGAAUCUUUGCCUAUGCAAGACCUCCCACCAACACUUCUUCUCCUCUAGAUGUAGUUUUUGCUGUGAUAUAUACCAUAAUCUCUCCACUGCUCAAUCCACUCAUCUAUAGCAUGAGAAACAAAGAGAUCAAGACUGCAUUAGUGAAGCUGUUCUGCGCGGGGCCUUUAUCUAAUCUCAUCUCUAACAAAGUUGUUCUAUGA